AUGAACUCAUCAUCAUCAUCAACUUCAAAUCAAUCCCAUUCACUCAAGUUUAUUGAACCUCAAGACCAUCUCAACCAUUAUCCAAUAUCAUCUCAAUCAGAUCUCAAUCCAACAAGUUCUGGUCAUCGUAUAUCAUAUUUAUUAUUAGAAUUACCACCUGUUUUACUUAAUCCGAUCAAAGAACAACUAAACAACCCAUCAAAUCAAAAUCAAAAUCAACUUGAACUACGUGGUAGAUUAGAAGAUGAUUUGGUACUUACAACAAAAGAUAAAACUUAUUCACUUAGAACCAUUCAAAAUAGUAAUAGUGUAAUGAUAUGUAAAACAAUUCCUGACUCAAUUAACAUCAAUUUAUCUUCAUUAGAAGUUUUACAAACUGUUAAUGAAACGAUUGAAAUAUUUGAUGUCACCUCUUUUCCUGGAACUAGACUUGAACGGAUUAAAGAAUUAUUACAACCUUGGUCUUAUAGUGGUGAAGAUGAAGAAGAAAAACGUAUGGGUUAUAUGAAUGAUGAUGAUCAUUCAAUCGAACCGAUCACUUUUCAAUCUCUUUCGAAUGAAACAAGGGCUUCUGAUGAAGAAAUCAAACAAUUUCUUAGUGUUUUGAAUGUGAUCAAAUUAAAGGAUUCAUUGAGGAUAUUAAAUUUAAGUUAUCUAGCUGAGAUCUUGAAGGAAAUAAUUGAUUCAAGUUUAGAAUUAGGAUUCAAACUUGAUGAACCAUUUAUGAUCGAGCCGCUCGUUGAAAUCGUAUCGGUGAAGAUGAAUAUCAGUACAUCAGUCUUACUGCAAGUUUUGAGUUGGUAUGAUACCCGUCAAGCUUCGACGACAGAAACACCUCAGGAUCUCUCUCUUGAUUCAAAAACGACCAUCUCAUUUGACAUUAAUAAGAUAGUAACAGUCAUUGGUUUAUCAUUACUCUUGUCCAUUAAACCUACCCAAGUCGAACCUAUGAAUCCAAGAAAUAAUAAAACAAUUCAAACCACACCCAUCGAAUCAUUUCUCACAGACUGGAAAACGCGUAUAGGAGAACCAUAUUCAGAUCAAUACUGUUCAAUAGACUCAUUAAAAACUCAUUCGAUCAUUUCUUCAGAUCAAAAAAACCUUAUCAUUGUACCAAUUGAAAAACUGUCAUCAGAACCUAAGACUCGAAUGUCACAAUUAUUUGAAAUUCGUAACAAAUGGAAGAUGGAAGAACUUGAAAGGUUUGUGAAACCUAUCACAGGUGGUGGAGUUAAAAAACAAAUGGAUGAAUUGGUUUUGAAAUAUUGUAGAAAGAUUAGAGAGAAGGAAAGUAUUAAAGUUUUGGAUGCUAGUCUGACUAAAGAGUUUAAGAUGGAAACUGUGGAUGUGGUUUGGUUGACGGCUAGAAAUAAUUGGUGA